UGCGUAACGUCUGAAGCAUAAAAGAGUCAAUCAUUUUUGUUUCACUUCAAUAUUAUUUCAUGAAUUUCUUCUUCGAUUCAAUUAAAUUUAGGUUUAUGAUUGCAGUUUAAACUCUGUCUCUCGAAAACUACAAGCAUUUGGUUAACUCCAGAAACUGACGCAUUUGGUAGUAAUUGGUUCACAGUAAGUAUUAAAUCAUGCAUAGCAGGAUGGGCGGUGAGAAUAUUGAAUCUGAAGUCUUAAAGUCAAGAUGUCACAGAAGUGUUAGAGUUUUGAGAGCGACAAUAAUUCGUGGGAAGAAGAUGAAGCAAAUGCAACCUUCAAGGUUGAUGACUUUGGGUCAUGUUCAGGCAGUUGUCAAUCAUGGAACUACUGAAUUUAGUGAUCCGAUUACAGCAAUGCAAAAACAUUCCAGGCUUCUGAGAAUGUCAGUUCUACGUGAAAAACGGAUGGGUUUGCAUCCUCGUACUGAUUCCAGGAUUGGAAGCAGUCAGCAAAUUAGUUAUCCAUUGUUCGUUGACAGAAACAAAUUGAUCACUGGAGAAGAAACAGGAGGUAGAAACCCAAGCCCCAUAACAUCCAGCCAGGCAGAAGUCAAACAUGCUUCUCCUGAAGUCACCAAAGGAACAUACAUAGGGGUUGAAGAAGAUACUGCAACUCAAGAUGAAUCCGAAAUUGAUGAUGAAGAUGAUGCAGCCACUAUAUGGAAGAAGAUGGAAUUUGCAAUGGAAUCUUGCAAGGAAUUUCCUGAGAAUCAUCUUUCUGAUGAAGAUGAAAAGGAAGAGGAAGAUGACUGUGACCAUUCUUUUAUCUUGAAGGAUGAUAUUGGUUAUGUUUGCCGUGUGUGUGGACUUGUGCAAAAGGGAAUACAGGAUAUGUUUGAGUUCCUUUACCCAAAGCGAACAAGAACAAAGUCUUGUUACCGAAAUGAAUCCCAGAACAUCGAAGAUAACAAGCUAGAUGACGCUCUUCCUGACUGGUGUAAGCUACUGAACAUGGAUCUUGCUGUAACUGAAGUUUUAGCUCACGCAGAUCACAUUAAACAGAUGAAGCCACAUCAAAUAGAAGGCUUCAAUUUUCUGCUUAGAAAUUUGGUAACUGAGAAUCCGCAUGGUUGCAUUCUGGCUCAUGCUCCUGGCUCCGGAAAAACAUUCAUGAUGAUAUGUUUCAUGCAAAGCUAUCUCGCUAAGUACCCUUCUGCUAGACCAUUAGUAAUCCUCCCCAAAGGAAUUCUGGGCACAUGGAAAAAAGAAUUUCAUAGGUGGAAACUCGAUGAUAUUCCCUUGCAUGAUUUCUACUCUAUGAAGGCAGCCAAUCGUUCACAGCAGCUGAAUGUUUUGAAGCAAUGGGCACAACAGAAGAGCAUUCUCUUUUUAGGGUAUCAGCAGUUCUCUUCCAUUGUCACAGGUGAUGUUACUAGCAAAGAAAAGGCUGCUUGUAAAGAGAUAUUAGUGAGAGUUCCUACAGUUCUGAUAUUGGAUGAAGGCCACACACCGAGGAAUAAAAAUACUGACAUGUUGCAGUCACUUACCCAAGUUCAGACACCUCGGAAAGUUGUACUUUCUGGCACGCUUUAUCAGAAUCAUGUCAUAGAAGUCUUCAACAUUCUUAACCUAGUUCAGCCAAAAUUUCUGAAGUUAGAACGUAGUCGUGCAAUAGUUAGGCGGAUUAUGAGCAAAGUUAAGAUUUCUGGGGUCAGAAAACAGUUGACAGGAACAGGGGAUUCUUCAUUUUAUGACCUGGUGGAGAAUACACUAACUAAUGAUGAUAAUGAACAAAGAAAAGUUGGGAUCAUAAAAGAUUUACGUGAGAUGACAAGCCAUGUUCUUCACUAUUAUAAAGGGGAUUCUUUUGAUGAAUUACCAGGACUGGUGGACUUUACGGUCUUGCUCAAUCUUAGUCCUAAGCAAAAGACUGAAGUUGAUGAGAUGAAGAAAUUGAAGGAAAGAAAGUUCAGAAGUAGUUCUUUAGGGAGUGCUAUAUAUUUGCAUCCGCAGCUGAAGAAGUUCUCAGGAAGCAACAAUGAUAGUACAAAUGAAAGUAAGAUUUUAAGUGAUGAGAAACUGGAUCAAAUGAUCAGUAAAAUGAAUCUAAUCGAUGGGGUUAAAGCCAUGUUCUUCCUUAAUGUGGUACGUUUAUGUGAAAUUGCGAAAGAGAAGUUGUUAGUUUUCAGUCAGUAUCUUCUGCCAUUGAAGUUCUUAGAAAGAUUAGCAGUGCAUCAGAUGGGUUGGAAUAUCAGUAAGGAGAUAUUCAUGAUAACAGGUGAAACAACUGCAGAACACCGAGAAUGGUCCAUGGAACAGUUUAACAGCUCGCCUAAUGCUAAGGUGUUUUUUGGAUCGAUUAAAGCUUGUGGGGAAGGAAUAUCACUUGUUGGAGCAUCGCGUAUUUUAAUACUUGAUGUUCCUCCAAAUCCUUCUGUGUCUUGGCAAGCAGUAUGCCGGGCAUUCAGGCCAGGACAGCUGAAAAAGGUGUUUACUUACAGACUGGUUGCAGCUGAUUCUCCUGAAGAGGACGACCACAAGACUUGUUUCAAGAAAGAGAUUAUAGCAAAAAUGUGGUUUGAAUGGGAUGAAUUUACCAAAAAGGAGGAUUUGGAACUUGAAUCCGUUGAUUUGGAUGACUGUUGUGAUAUCUUCCUGCAGAAUCCACAGCUAAGGAAAGAUGUAAAAGCUUUGUACAAAAGGUAAUUUGAAGUAGUGAUCUUACUUGCUAGAAGAACCUGUAUGGUUAUUCGCUUGAAAGUAUAUUCUCCAAAAUGAUGUUGCAACAGUUCAAAGGGGAAGAAUGAAUCUACAUUUUGUGUCUUUUUUUUGAAGUUUGACAUCAUCUGCGACUCUGCGAGUACUGCUCCCCAAUGCACCCUAAAAAUGUCUAGUGCAACUUUUACAUGCAGCUCUUGUACAGAUUAAUAGAUUAUGCACAAUUAUCCAAUUUUGAGGAAAAUGAUGAAAUUUUGGAAUGGCAAGAAAAGAAGAAGAAUAUGUGAUAUUUAGAUAAAGAAACACAGGGGGUUAUCCCUGAUUUUUUUUUUCUGGCUAUUACAAGAAAUGGUUCCUUAGAAGAAACUUCAACAUGUAUGUAUAUUCAAUAUGAUAUUUUUGCACCUUGCAACAUUGUGGA